UAUACAGUUAUCUUACUGGCGAAAGCAAGAAUAACAAUUUUAUCAAACCAGCUAAGCUGAAGCCAUUAGUGAUAGAGAGAAGGAAAAUGAAGAUCAGUUUUGUCGCAUUAUUACUGUUGCUGCUCACUGUCUCCUGUAAGAUAGACUGCGGCAGAGGUCAAGACUUGGACCCAUCAGUGUACAGAGUGACUCUCACUGAGGACGAAGCAUCAAGUCCAGGCCAAUAUGUUUUAACGCUUGGAUUUACCGAAACUCCAGGCAGUGGUUUUACUGUUCACAUUAUUGGAAAGGAUAGAGAUAAAUUUCAUCUCAAUUCCACAACUUAUGUAAUCACUACUGCUGUCGCCCUCCCUGCUGAUAAUUAUGUUUUAGUCAUCGUUGGUGAGUCUUCAGUAGCAGAGGCACAUAUCACAGUAGUAGCUGGAGAGACAGCAUGCGAAUCUCAAGCUUUUGGUAAAUGCAGUCAACUCUGUGCCGUCUCAAACAGCAGUCAAAGAGGAUACAUUUGUUCCUGCCUUGAGCACUACACGCUCCAAUCAGAUGGACUCUCAUGCAGAGCUAACGCUCCUUAUCCUCUCCUGCUCUACGCAGAAGGAGAUUCCAUUAUGAGCUACGAUGCAUUGACUCAUCAAAGCAAGUCCAUUUAUAGCCUGCCUGUUGACUCAGAGAAUUCCAUUGACUUAUUUGUAUAUGGCUACUCCAGUCAGGUUAUCUAUUACAUCAAUGAGACACGUUCGCUGAUAUCUUCAGUGAGUUUUGAAACUAGAGAGACGCUGGUGAUCAGUUCAAGCAUUGGCAGGGUUGAAGGUCUAGCUUUUGACUGGGUAUCAGGCAACCUUUACUUCACCGACUCAAUCAUGGGAUGGAUCGGGUUGUAUCACGUGAGCUCAGGUCACGUGACUCCAGUCCUUCAGUCCCUACCCCAUCCAAGGGCAGUUGUGGUGUUUCCAGAGGAGCCAUACAGGUAUAUAUUUUGGGCUGAAGGUAGCUCAGUCUCAAACUCGACCAUCAAGAGAGCUAAUUUGAAUGGGUCUAACGUUGUAACCAUAGCAACUGAGGUCGUCAACCCGGUCGCCAUGGCAAUCGAUGUAGUCGAUCUCAAGUUAUAUUGGAUCAGUGACAAUGGCCAUGUUUGCCGUUCCUCUUUUGAUGGGUCUAAUCAAGGGGUUGUACAUGUUAGUGAGGAUGUUGUGUUUAAUGGCAUUGCUGUUUUUGAGGACUUCAUUUAUCUUACGAACUCGGCCAACUCCAGCAUAAUAAGAAUCAAUAAACUAACUACUAAUGACAGACCUAUAGUUCUAGUGUAUACUGAUUCAAAUUCCAUUGGUCCUAUACAUGUUAACCAUUCCCUUUUACAAACCACCGACUCGUCUGAUAUUGACGAGUGCCUUAUUAAUAAUGGUGGGUGCGGUCAAGGGUGUGUCAAUACUAUUGGUUCGUAUUACUGCACGUGUAUCUAUGGUUACUCGCUAGACGAAGAUGAGAGAACGUGCCACAAUGCAGAUGUGUGUGAUGUUAGUGUGCUCCAAUGCACUCAGAGCUGUACUAAUGCAACUGGCUCUGACCCACAGUGCACAUGUAAUCCUGGCUAUACUCUUAGCAGUGAUGGGGUUAGCUGUCAGGACAUUAACGAGUGUUUUGUGUCCAGUCUGUGUAGUCAUGGUUGCCACAAUACUAAUGGCAGCUUCCAUUGUAGCUGUCCUAGUGGAUUCUUCCUAGCUUCUGAUAGAAGAAACUGCAUUGGUUGUUCUAAUGGUACAUGCAGUCAGUUGUGUGUUACUGGUGCUGAUUCAUUCCACUGUGCUUGUAGACCUGGCUUCACGCUGGGCACUGAUGGAAGGAGCUGCUUCCCUAGUUUAGAUACAAGCCUCAUAUUGUCAAUCACUCAGUUGAGUUUGGGGUCUUCAAUUGGUUCUGUUUAUGAAACUAGUUUAACUGGAGUUCCCUCCAAUAUUCUAGUGCCUCUUUUUUAUUCAUUUGAGAAUACCGGCUAUCAAACUGGAAUCGUAUAUGCUCUUGAUGUCAACGUGGAGGCUAGCGUCUUGUAUUUUUGUGACAGAAAUUCCUCGGAGCUGUGGUCAACACAAUUGAAUGGGAAUGAGCAGUCGCAAUCAAGAGAAAGGAUACUAACUGAUGUAUCAGCAUGGGGUAUGACUUAUGACUGGAUAAAUGGCUACCUAUACUGGACUGAAGACCAGAGUGGCGAGAUUAGGAGAGUCUCUAUCAAUGAUAGCUCAUUUGAGCCAGAGACAGUUUAUACUGGGUUGGACACACCAAGAGGAAUUGUAGUCAAUCCUUUCUCAAAUCACUUAUAUUGGACAGAGGGUGGUUCUACUCCAUCCAUUAAAAGAGGCUCACUAAACAACUCAACACAAGAAGACUUCUCUGUCUCUCUUUCCUCCUCUUCUCGACCAACUGGUAUCACGAUUGACUACAUUAACAGUCGAUUAAUUUGGGGUGACCAAGCCUCUAGCUGCCUUUCAAUGAGCAAUCUAAAUGGCAAUGAUAUCACUGUAUUGCUGAAUACUUCAACAGAGACUGCUCCAUUUCAACUUGUCAUUAAUGGGGAUAGGCUAUAUUGGAGUACUGAGGGUAGCUCUUUGUUUAGUUCUGUGUCAUUGUUCAGACGUGAACAAGUUAAUUCACUGGAUCUGGUUGGUGGUUUUAAUCCUCAACCAGUGGUAUAUGGCAUUACUACCAUUGAUCAGAAUAAGAGACCUAAUAGUGGCUAUCACAUCUGCCUAUUGAAUAGCCUGCAUUGCUCACAUUACUGCGUAGUGAAUGGUGUAGGAGUAGCCCAGUGUUCCUGUCCAACAGGCUACGUGCUACUAACUGACCAAAAAACAUGUGCAAGGACUCAGUCUUGUAUAGGGCAAGCAAGAACAUGUACAGGGGACUUUGCUAACAUUGCUACUUCAAUCCCGUUCUUUCUAAGACCAGACAGAGCUGGAUCAAGCCUAAAUCCUCUCGAUAAUCCUCUACUGUAUCUAGGCAGAGUUGUAAGUGACUGUAGCGUACUGUCAGUGGAAUACCUAGAUAACAGUUGUCAGUAUUCUAAUGUAUCUAGCAGCAUUCUCUCAGUCGCAGGCUCUCAACUGAUUGGUAUUGAUGUUGAUGAUGUUGCUUGGGCUUUGUUCAAUGGAAGGACUGUUACAGUGCAGCUCCAGUGUUCAGCUCCAAGCAUCACUCCUGCUUUCUGCGUCAACUUUGAAGUAUCCUCAGCAAACAGAGCUGUCAGUUGUGGCCACAGUAAUGGUGGAUGCUCUCAUUUCUGUACUGUAUCUCUGAGUUCGAUCCCAGUCUGCUCUUGCCCACAUGGACUUGUGUUAGGACAAAAUGGCUAUACAUGCUUUAAUCCUUGUGACCCCAAUCCUUGUCAAAAUGGUGGUGUCUGUCAACUCGAUUCCUCUGGUCACUCAUUCUGUCAGUGUCAAGACUCAUCUUACAUCGGUCGCUUUUGUUCAAUACCUUCCCAGCCUGAAUGUGGUAUCGGCGGUAUUUGUACCGCCACGCCCAUACCAACUGUCCAGCGUUUACCCAGUGGUGAUCGAUUGGUGGGGUUCGGAUUGUUUGAGGGGGUCUGUUCUGCCGUGGGCGGCUACUGCGUGGGAGAGGAAGAGUGUUCCUCUUGUGCUUGUCCCUUGGAUAGGGUCUAUCAGGCUCAGACUGAGAGCUGUGUCAACUUGAAUCAAGCUUGUCCAUACAUUUUCAAUGACUCCUCAGUGACCGUUCCUACUCUCUAUGUAUCUGACUCAUCAUAUCUAGUCACUGUAAUGGAUCACUCACUAACAGUAAUACUGUCAGCUAAUAGAACUGCUCUCAACAGUCAGUGCUCAAUAUCCAAUGCCCAAAUUAACACAUUUAAUGGCUGGACUGGUAUAAAUACAAACACCUUUGAAUUAACUUCUGAUGCAAAAAUUAAAGUUGGUUCAGGAAUCCCUACUGCUGGACUAACAGGUCAACUGGUCAGACUUACUUUCUCUUGUUCUGCUGGUGAAGGAGGUUGUCUAUUGUUCAAAAUAUUUGGACAUAACAAUAACAGCCCAUACUCUGAGAUAUGCAAUGACUGCGCGGGUAAUUUUGAAGGCUAUUAUAAUCUAGGUAUACCAACUUUUGCUAGACCCAUAAGUAAUGACUCACCAUUAACCAACAUGUCACUUCAGUUCAACAGACAAGAUGUUUUAGGUUGUAAUACUGAUAGUUCCUCUGUUACAUACAGUAGAUGUGAUGGUGUUCAAUCAGCAGGAGACAUCAUAUAUGCAACACAAAACAGAUUGCAAGGAAGGAAUAUUAAUGAUGUUACUAGUUGGGAUGCAGUUACUAAUAGUCUUAUCAAUGCAACUGUGAGCUGCCAGUCUGGAAUCAGCUUCUGUGUUCUAUUCACCAUUGAAAACAGUGUCACUAAUGAUCCUUGCUCUCCUUCACCCUGCAGUAACAAUGCUACCUGUACUACUGUCGGCUCAUCCAGCUAUCAUUGUUCUUGUCCUGAAGGUUUUACUGGUCCAACGUGCUCUGAGAUUGACUACUGUCUAUCUCACACUUGUCUCAACUCUGGCGUUUGCAUCAAUGGGCCUGGCUAUGCUUCUUGUCUAUGCCCAGCAAAUACUGUUCCUCCAUAUUGCAUUGGUCCUGAUGAUAGAGACACUGGCCCGUGUUUAUUGAGCCCCUGUGAUAACGGAGGUACCUGCAUUUCAAAAGGAUCUCAUUCCUACAUCUGUCAGUGUCCUGGUGGCUUUACUGGCCUCCAUUGCAAUACCAUUGAUGCUUGCUUCAGUAGUCCUUGUCCAGUUAAUGCCACUUGUAUUCCUGAUGGCUCAUCUCAUCUUUGUUUCUGUCAGAACUCGUCACAGAGUGGUUGUGACGAUGUCUGUGAUCCAGACCCUUGCCUUAAUGGAGGGAGUUGUCUUGAGUCUGAUUUUAGUUACACCUGUAGUUGUCCUGAUGGUUUCUUUGGUGAUUAUUGUCAAAUAGAACUGAUUGAAGUACCUGAGAAUGCAUCUUGUCUACCUGGUCCAUGUCAGAAUGGAGGGACCUGUGAUCAUAUCUUGCUUGAUACAUUUACAUGCACCUGUCCCCCUGAUUUCACCGGCAAUACAUGUAACACUUCAGUCGAUCCGUGUGAUCCUAAUCCAUGCUUUAAUAAUGGUGACUGUGAACAAGACUUAGCAAAUACAUUUACAUGUAUUUGUCCACCUGAUUUCACCGGAAAUAUAUGUAACAUUACAAUUAAUGAUCCCUGUGAUCCUAAUCCAUGUUUUAAUAAUGGAACAUGUAAUUCAGACUCACCCGAUACAUUUACAUGUACAUGUCCUCCUGGCUAUAGAGGUGAUACAUGUCAGAUUCCUACAUGUGAUCCUAAUCCAUGUCACAAUGGUACCUGUCAGAUAGAAGAUUCAUCCAGUACCUUUACCUGUGAUUGUUCUUUUGGUUACACUGGCCUCUUAUGUGAUGCUGUUAUAGAUCUCUGUCAGUCUGAUCCUUGCAACAAUGGCUCGUGUACUUUAGUGUCUCCUGGUAAUAUAAACUGUGAUUGUUUGCCUGGAUACACCGGAACCACAUGCAAUGAGCCUAUCAACCUCUGUGAUCCUAAUCCAUGCAAUGGUGGCAGCUGCACUCAAGUCUCAUUUGAUAAUUUCACAUGUGAUUGUCCCUCUGGUUUCACUGGUGAUCGCUGUCAGACUGAUAUUGAUGAAUGUGCCUUGUACAACCCGUGCAAUAAUGGAGGGAAUUGUACUAACACUGCCCCAGGCUUCACCUGUCAGUGUGCUCCUGGUUAUGACGGCUCCACUUGCUCUGAGGGUAAGAUAUUAUACUUCAUCCUUAUAACAAUUUCAUUG